UCGCCCUGCUGCCUCCUCUCACACGCGGAGGGGGAGGCAGACUCUGGACUGAGGGAGAAGGGAGCAGACGGGGACCUGCAAAGCUCUGCUCUCCCAGCCGCUGCCUCCGCGCUCCCAAACUUUUGCUCCCUCAUUUAUUGAUGCGGCUGAAACGGUGUCGGGAAAAAUAACCCCCCCCCCCCACCUCCCCCGCCCCGGGCAGGAGGGAGACCAACCAACUCCGCCCCGUGUCUAGUGGGAUUCCUGCCUGCAGGCAGCCAACAAGUGAGAAGCGGCGGCGCCAGAGGCGGCUGCGGGAGGGAGGGAGCGGAGCGCCGCGCCGCGCCGCGCCGCGCCCGGGGUCCCUGCUGCUGCUGCUGCUGGUGCUGCGGGCUCUGGUGGCGGCGAAGCAGCCGGGGAGCGCUCGGCGGCUGGGUUUGGCCUGAAGCGGCAGCUGCCUCGCCUGCGCCCCGGGAAUAAUGCGGAGCGCGUGGAUACUGCUCACUUGUGGCUUGGUGGCCUACGGGUCCGGGGAGUCGAGAGCAGAGUUGACCUCUGAUAAAGACCUGUAUCUCGACAACAGCUCUGUUGAAGAAGCAUCAGGUGUCUAUCCAAUUGACGACGACGAUUAUUCUUCUGGGUCUGGCUCAGGAGCGGAAGAAGAUGAAGGUAACACAGUAAUAGCAACGUCUAGAACACUUCCAAAGAUACCAUCAACUAGUGAUGCACCUAAAGCUGAGACAACUACACUGAAAACACAGACCAAGAUUCCUGCACAAACCAAGUCACCUGAAGAAAUUGAUGACAAAGAGAAAAUUCACAAGACUAACUCUAAUGCUAACAAAAAUAAGAACGACCCAGGUGAUGACGCUGAUGUAUUUACUGAGAAGCACUCAGAAAACCUCUUUCAGAGAACAGAAGUACUUGCAGCUGUUAUUGCUGGUGGAGUUAUUGGCUUUCUCUUCGCAAUUUUCCUUAUCUUGCUGUUGGUAUAUCGCAUGAGGAAGAAGGAUGAAGGCAGCUACGACCUUGGUGAACGUAAACCAUCCAGUGCUGCCUAUCAAAAGGCACCUACUAAGGAGUUUUAUGCAUAAAAUUCCUACUUAGUGUCUCUAUUUAUGAGAUCACUGAACUCUUUUAAAUAAAGCUUUUGCAUAGAAUAAUGAAGAUCUUUUUUUCUUUAAAGAGCCAUUAUGGCACCUUUAUGAUAAAAUCCCAUUGUAUUUAAAACUUUCCAUGUAUUCCUUUAAAAAAAAUGUAAAAUGAAAACUUAACAUUUGCUGUGUUCUGUGAAUAACAGUGGUAAAGCAUUAUUUUAUAAAACCAUUGAUGUUCACUGAAUCAUUUUUAAAACUUUAUGCAUAAAUAUAAAAUAAUGAAAAUGAUUGUUUUAUCCUAUGGCUCAAUGAAAGUUGUUUAAUUUUUGUCAGCAUGUCUCAGAUUGAUCUUACAAGUUAGUUUUUAUUUCAUUAAUUUAUCUGUUUCCAAAAAAUGCCUUUUUGUAGUUGUCAUGGUGCAAUUUGUCUUCGGAUAAUUCAGAUAACAGUAACUUUUAGUGCAAGUGUAAUUUUUCAGCUAUGUAAACUUUAAUCUCCACUUUGUAUAAAUUUGUGUCCGAAUAUCAAUUUUACACUUUGCAUUGUUUCUCAAAGUAACUGUAGCUUCAGUGAAAUUGUAACAGCAAAUUAAUGUGUAAAAUUGGAUUAUUACUACAAACUGUAUAGUCAUAUCCUUACUAAACAAAUCUUUAAGGAAGAUUUGAAGUAAGCUACUGACAAGCCUAAGCAAACCCAAAGACUCUAACAGUAUUCUGAGAAGUUGCUGCAGAUUUCUAUGGCCACUGUAUUUGUUAAUUUCUUGCAAUCUGAAGUUAUAAGUAGGGGUUUAAAAAUCAAUUUUUGUUCUUAAAAAUACAUUUAAGUUGUAAACGUCUUUUAAAGCCUUUUGAAGUGCCUAUGAUUCUACGUAACUCGUCGCAGACUGGUGUUAAUGAAUAUAUAACAGUAAAAGAAAAUGUUGGUAUUUUAUAAGCACAGCCAGUUCUAAUGGUAACUUUUGUAGUCUUACAUGGAUAGACAUAAACUGUAAUUUGGGAACAUAAACACUACUGAAUAAAUCAUGUGGCCUAAUACUGAAA